CGCGACGUGGAGACCCUGGACCUGCUGGUGCUCAAGCUCGAGGGCCUGGCGGGGACGCUGAGGGACGCCAUGCAUCUGUCGUCGUCGCAGAGCUCGCCGCAGAGCCCCGGCUCACCCGGAUGCCGCCGCGUCGAGACGGCGCCCUACUUCAUCCGCUUCCAGCUGCCCAUCGUCGCGCUGGUCCAGGUUCUGUGGGUGGGUAUGCUGGCCGCCUUCGAUAACGUGACUGGAGACCGUGCCAACAACAGCUACCUCUACCUGGUGGACUGCAUCAUGGUGUUCCUUCAGUUGGUCAACAUUCUGCACGUGGGGCUGGCAUCCUGGACGCUGACGCACCAGAUGCUCAAGUUCCGCGCUGCCAGCGGCUUCCUAAUGGCCCAGACAUACUUGUCCACGGUGCUGCUCUUCUCGGGAUUCUACCUCAUCAUCUAUAGACUUGACCCGUCCAGCUGGGAGCUGUCCGUGUCGGACCCGAUCACCAAAGGUGGCGCCUUCACGCAGCACGUCCGCAUGUUCUACCUCUCCGUGUCGUCGGCCACACUCUGCGGCGCGGCCAACAUCCAGCCGGUGUCCUGGUAUGCCACGAUCUUUCUCUGCGUUCAGAGCCUGGUGAACUUCGUGUACUUCGCAUCGAUCCUGGCCCAGACCAUCGGCCACUGCGGCUCGUCGGAGACGCUGCUCGAGCGCAGGGAGCGGCUGCAGUCCAUCUCCCGGAGGCUGUCCGGUCGCGCCGCCGCCGUCCGGUCCCCGGCCUCCCAUCGCGCCACCGUCUCCUGA